CUGUUGCCUUCUUCUGCGUUUCCUCCUUGACUCAACAACAAACAUACUAGUCGCUAAUGCUUCAGGCGUGUGAAAUGUGUUUAGAGAAAUGUGAUAGCUCACACUUACUGUCGUUAUUUCAUGAAAUAAUUGAAGCUGGAUAUUUCCGACUAACGAGAGAUACUUGCUAACUGUUACUUGUCGAGCUCGUCAGCCACACUAAAAUAGUGUUGCUAACACAAGCUCCUGAACUUGGAGGAACCUGAAAGCUUCCCGGGUGUGGAUAGUUGGCUUUUAAAAGCAACGAGUACGAGAACUAUGCUUGUGAUGUAGAUGUUUCACUGUACUCACCGUCUGCCAAUCUACCUUCUGAGAUCAUUCUCUGAUCACAGCGAUGAAUGAGGAUACUCCAACUUUGAAACCUAGACGAAUCCAGAAUCAGAAUGUGGUUCAUCGCCUUGAGAGGCGCAGGAUAUGCUCAGGCCGACCGGGAGCACACUGGUACAGAGUUCGCUGCUUCCACCAGAACCUGUUCCCCAACUUUACUGUGGUCAAUGUGGAGAAACCCCCCUGCUUCCUUAGGAAGUUCUCACCAGAUGGACGCUGCUUUAUUGCCUUCUCGUCUGAUCAGACUUCUCUGGAGAUAUAUGAAUACCAAGGCUGCCAGGCAGCACAGGACCUGCUGAGAGGCCAAGAGGGAGAGACUCUUCUAACAGCCAAUGACCAGCGCUCCCUCAACAUCCGAGGCCGUCUGUUUGAGCGCUUUUUCUCCUUGCUCCAUGUCACUAAUGUGGCCUCAAAUGGAGAACACUUAAACAGGGAAUGCAGCCUCUUCACAGAUGACUGCCGCUAUGUCAUUGUUGGGUCGGCUGUGUACGUCCCAGAGGAGCCGCCACCAUACUUCUUUGAGGUGUAUCGUAACAACGAAUCUGUGACUCCUAAUCCCCGGUCUCCUCUAGAAGACUACUCCCUCCACAUUAUUGACCUCCAUACCGGCAAGCUGUGUGACACCAGGUCCUUUAAGUGUGACAAGAUAAUCCUGUCCCACAACCAGGGUCUCUACCUCUACAGGAACAUCCUGGCUGUGCUGUCGGUCCAGCAGCAGACCAUACACGUCUUUCAGGUGACUCCAGAGGGAACGUUUCUGGAUGUGAGGACUAUUGGGCGGUUCUGUUACGAGGACGACCUCCUGACUCUUUCAGCGGUUUACACGGAGGCUCAGGCUGAGAGUCAGCCUGGCUUCCCUCGCCUGUACACUGACAAAACCAUCAACUCCCUGAAGCACAGGCUGCUGGUCUACCUCUGGAGGAGGGCCGAGCAGGAUGGCAGUGCCACUGCCAAGAGGAGAUUCUUCCAGUUUUUUGAUCAGCUGAGGAGGCUGAGGAUGUGGAAGAUGCAGCUGCUGGAUGAGCAUCACCUCUUCAUUAAAUACACCAGCGAAGACGUGGUCACACUCAGAGUCACCGACCCCUCGCAGCCAUCCUUCUUUGUCGUGUACAACAUGGUAUCCACAGAGGUGCUGGCUGUUUUUGAGAACACCUCUGACCAGCUGUUGGAGCUGUUUGAGAAUUUCUGCGAUCUGUUCAGAAACGCUACGCUACACAGCCAGGCCGUCCAGUUCCCCUGCUCUGCUUCAUCCAACAAUUACGCGCGGCAGGUCCAGAGAAGAUUUAAGGACACCAUAGUAAAUGCCAAAUAUGGCGGCCAUACUGAGGCGGUGCGCCGGCUGCUGGGUCAGCUGCCCAUCAGCGCUCAGUCAUACAGCAGCAGCCCUUACCUCGACCUCUCACUCUUCAGUUACGAUGACAAGUGGGUGUCAGUGAUGGAGAGGCCCAAGACUUGUGGAGACCACCCCAUCAGGUUCUAUGCUCGUGACUCCGGCCUGUUGAAGUUUAAGAUCCAGGCAGGCCUGCUGGGACGGCCGGUAAAUCAUGCCGUACGGCGCCUGGUUGCCUUCACCUUCCACCCCUUUGAGCCCUUUGCCAUCUCUGUCCAGCGCACCAACGCAGAGUAUGUGGUCAACUUCCACAUGAGGCACGUCUGUCCGUGAGGAGCAACAGACUGAACUCUUGACAGCCUGUGGAUUCACACUUGAAAAAGAAAAAAGCAAGACUGUUGGGGCUUCUGUUAGGAGCUAUUGGUGACAAUACAACAAAAUGUCCUCCAUUAGGAGGCACAAAACAGUUUGUUCUGUUAGGCACCAUCUUCCUCCUCUAGAGAAAUCAGCAGUACUGUCCCUAUAUUGUCCUCCUGGUGGAAACCACUGUUUCUCCCCUCUUUCCCCCUCCAUCACACAGUGGUCACUCCAACUCCACCCCUCCUCCACCUGCUGCGGGGAGGCAGCAAUUCUGCCUUUUCCUUUCACCUCCUCUUUCCCCCUUCCUCCACAGAACAAAGAGGGACCUGUAGGGAGGAGAGGCUGGAAUAAGUGUAAAUGGAGAUGUAGAGAGAGUGAUUGAUGUGCGAUAGAGGAGGGAGCCAUAGGUAGCUGGACCUCUUAGAAAGAACCAAAGGUGUUUUUUUUUUUUUUCUUUCUCUACAAUGCACUGAAAGCUGCACAUUCAUAUCAGAAUUACUAAUCCACCAUUUGUCCAACAAAGUUACUCUUUUCUCACAUGGAUGUAGAAAGAGGUCAUUUUUAUAUUAUAUUGUUUUUAAGUUUUUUUUUUUUUUUUUUUUUUUACAUUUUAUCGUUUGUAUAUAUUUUAUGCCAAUAAAAUUGUCUACAUUUUU